UAUAAUCCUUACCUUCAAUAUUUGACUUUUUUCCCUACAGAUAAACUCGACGGUUACGGUUUCGGGACGGAAAUGGCUUCUCGAACAGAAAAUGGGAUACCUACUAUCGACCUGCGAUCAAAACUUCACUCUGCUCUCCUAGAUUCUGACGUUCGUCCACGUCAAAUUCAGCUGGCGGCCUCUCGACGCCGCGACCUUGAUUCUCCACACACCAGCCGCUUAUCACCUACUGCAAAGGCCCUCCAACGCUCAUGAACGGCGAGGUCGGACACCGGCGAAGCAAACUGUAAAUAUUCGCUGACUACACCGUACACGAGAGCCAAAGGUCAUGCUAUUUCUUCCUCACCAACUGCGCCAUGUCUGAUAUAAGACGCCGUUUGCCACCGACAAAAACUUCAUCUGAAGAGAAGGCACUCCCACCGGUGCAAGACGACCACACAGCAAAGGUAGUCAAAGAUGUUCGGGUUACCGAAAUACCAGAGAAGCCUAAGACGCGCAAGCGUCGCACCACUGCCAUCUUUCUGCUAGGGAGUCUGUUUGGCAUCAUUGCUGCAGGCUUCUUUGCAAAAAGCAGUGAUUUGAUCGACCUUCCUGAACUAGGCGAGUUCAGCGUGAACAGCCUGCUCGAUGCCCUCCCUGCCGGUUUGAUUGCCGAUAUGCGCGAUUUCGUGAAAGGAGAACGUGACUUUGUCGACAGUUAUGAGGCCUUUGCCGUCGGUCUACAAGCACGCGCCGAGGGCCUCGAGGCCCAUCACCCAAUGAUCAUGGUCCCCGGCGUCAUAUCCACCGGCCUCGAGUCGUGGGGCACGACCAAUAUUUCGCGUCCCUACUUCAGAAAGCGUCUUUGGGGCAGUUGGAGCAUGAUGCAGGCGUUGGUGCUUGACAAGGACAACUGGAAGAGGCACAUCAUGCUGGACAAGCAAACCGGUCUGGAUCCUCCGGAUAUAAAGCUGCGAGCCGCACAAGGGUUUGAUGCCACCGACUUCUUUAUUACCGGCUACUGGAUAUGGAACAAGAUUUUCGAGAACCUGGCCUCCAUAGGCUACGACCCGACCAACUCCUUCACCGCAGCAUACGAUUGGAGAUUGUCAUAUCCGAAUCUCGAAGUCCGAGAUCAAUAUUUCACUCGUCUCAAGUCAUAUGUCGAGACCGCGCACGAGCUCUCCGGCAAGAAAGUCGUGCUAGUAUCCCACAGCAUGGGUGGACAGGUUGUCUUUUAUUUCUUCCACUGGGUCGCAUCGGCCAUGGGUGGCCGUGGAGGCAACGACUGGGUUGAGCGCCACGUUGAGGCAUGGAUCAAUGUUAGUGGCUGUAUGCUCGGGGCUGUGAAGGACUUGACCGCAGUUCUCUCUGGCGAAAUGCGGGACACGGCCCAGCUCAACACUUUCGCCGUGUACGGCCUGGAGAAGUUCUUGAGCAAGGAGGAGAGGGCGGAGCUCUUCCGAGCCAUGCCCGGAAUUUCGUCCAUGCUUCCGCUCGGUGGGAACGCCGUCUGGGGCAACGGAACCUGGGCGCCGGAUGAUCGGCCUGGUCAGAAUUUUACGUACGGGAAUCUGCUUAACUUCAGGCAGGGUAUGAACUGGACCUUGCCAGAGAGGAACUUGACGGCCGAAGAUGCGAUCGAGUAUCUCUUCAACACAACGGAGCCCUGGUAUCAGGAUCAAGUCAAGAGGAGCUAUUCUCAAGGUGUCGCACAUACGCAAGCCGAGGUUGACGCAAACGAGCAAGAUGCUCGUAAGUGGAUGAAUCCCCUCGAGACUAGGCUACCCUUGGCACCCAAUCUCAAAAUCUACUGCUUUUACGGAGUCGGAAAGCCCACCGAGCGGAGCUACUUCUACCGGCAACCAGAAUUCCAACCGUUCACGAACCUGAACAUCACUAUAGACACUGCCCUCACAGAAGGCGACGUUGACCACGGCGUCGUCAUGGGAGAAGGCGACGGGACGGUUAAUUUGCUUAGUACGGGUUACAUGUGUAACUACGGCUGGCAUGUCAAGCGUUAUAACCCGGCGGGUAGCAAGAUUACCGUCGUCGAAAUGCCUCACGAGCCCGACAGGUUCAACCCGCGAGGCGGGCCCAAAACAGCCGACCACGUAGACAUCCUGGGCCGCCAGAAUCUGAACGAGCUCAUUUUGCGGGUGGCGGCAGGCAAGGGAGACACUAUCUCUGACCAUGUGGUUAGCAACAUACGAGAAUAUGCCGAGAAGGUCAAGAUUUACGAGGAAGAAGACAGCCCCGGGGGUAUGGGCAACAUGCAUCCGUAGAAGAACAGCUUCUACUCUUUGUCGCAGUACUGGGCCUUCCUGGAAUGGCCUGCGUGUAUCCGUAUUACCUAGUCCCUGGCAGCUCAAGCUUCAGGAAUGCUUCCCUUGAAGACCAGCUUGCCUAGGAGGACUUGCGGGGCCAACGACAAUACCUGUCAGAUGCCUACAGCCACCUUAUCGAGGUGUGACAAACCACAUUAUGUCAGACAAGUAGAGUACCUGUCGAACAGACUAUAGUCUUUUCGGUUAUAUAACGGGCCGUAUUGCUAAGAUUAUAAUCCGGGUAGAUACCUGCAGAAUUUUCACCACUAAUAUUACGGUAGCAGGAAUUCUCUGACGGUCUAAUACAGGGAUAAUAUAUAGAUAAGCGCC